UAGGGCCUUGUGGGAAGGUAGUUGAUCGCGGCGACUGGAAGGAUGCAGGCCGCUGAGUCUGAGGUGGAAGCAACAGCCCUGGAGGUCCUGGCUGAGGUGGAAGGCAUCCUGGAGCCUAUAGGCCUACAGGAGGAGGCAGAACUGCCAGCUAAGAUCCUGACUGAGUAUGUGAUGGACUCCCAGAAGAAAGAUAGGCUGCUCUGUAGCCAGCUUCAGGUAGUGGACUUCUUGCAGAACUUUCUGGCUCAGGAAGAUACUGCCCAGGGCUUGGACCCCUUGGCUUCUGAAGACACAAGCCGACAGAAGGCAAUUGCAGCUAAAGAACAAUGGAAAGAUCUGAAAUCCACUUACUGGGAGCACGUGGAAGCCAUCAAAAGUGCCCUGACCCAGGUCCUGAUGAAAACAGAAGAGGCCCAAAGGAAGCAGACACAGCUCAAAGAAGUCCUUGAGCAGCUUCAGGCCAAGAAGCAAAUGGCCAUGGAGAAACUCAGAGCAGCCCAGAAGAAAUGGCAGCUGCAACAGGAGAAGCAUCAGCAGCGUCUGGCAGAGGUUUUGGCAGAGGUGAGGGAGCGUCAGACAGGAACUCAGCAGAAGCUUGAGCAUCUGCAUCAGGAACUUGGAACCCUGAAGCAGCAGGCAGGACAGGAGCAGGAGAAGCUGCAGAGGCACCAGAUCUUCCUCCGGCUGCUGUAUACCCUGCAGGACAAGGCAGAGGCGGAGUUACAACAGGAGCUGGAUCUCCCUGAGGAUAAACCACAGCACUUGAUACAACCCCAGAAGCAGACAGAGGACACCAUGGGGAGAGACAAUGGUGUGUCCGCCAAGGUGAAUGAGAGGUGGGACAGAUGGGCAGACAGGCCUCACCUCUUUCAAGCACAAGGUGAAAGGACCAGAGAACUGUUUGGUCAGCUAAAAAGGGUAGCGACUCGAGAUGGGGCUGGGUGCUUCAGCCCAGGCGGGGGCCACAGCUUUGAGGUGUGGGCAAUGGGGACCCCCGCAGGGCAGCAGCUCCGGGUGGGACUGGAUGCUUCAGCCCUGGUGGGGGUCCUGAGCCCCGAGGCACGGGCCUGGCAGUAUCCAGGGUCUCCACAGACGGCCGUGGCUUGGGACCCGGUGAGGCGGUGUAGCAAGGGAGGGAGGUGGGAGCUCCACGUGGUCUGGGCCCCCGGACGCCGGACCAGUGCGGCUGGAGGGCGUCGAGGGAUGGGGGAUGGG